UCCCUUGGAAAUAGUUCCUUCAUUAUGGAGCCACGCCAAGUCACGCGAUGUCACAUGUGGGGCGGAUAAGAUAAGGCGCAUCACAUCAUCUCCGCACCGUCUCGCUCUUCCUCCGCUCGCAUAAGUAUCCCGCCCGGGUCCAGACAAUGUCCCCUUGUCUCUUCCCUUAUCCAUCCAUCUCCUUCAUCCAUUGAUCAUCAAACCAUGUUGGCUCCGGAAAUGAGGGAGAAGAAAACCAUGUCUCCCUCCGAGGCCACUCCCCUCCUCACAUCAGUGACCGUCGUUCCCCGACGUCCUCGCUAUCCCCAUCACACCCUCCGACGCAUCUGCAGCUUCGCAUUGGGUCUCCUCCUUCUCUGCUCGCUCACCCUCUUUCUCAUCCCCACCGCCAUCUUGCCCCGCGAACACGGCUCCAUCUGGUCCUACCUCCCCUGGGCCCGUCCCUUCCCGCACGCCGCCUGGCCUCAGAGCAAUGGCCUCGGCUACAAGGAACUCCAGGCCAUCCUCCAGGAGACUCCAUCGGCCGCCAAGGCCCGCGAAUGGAGCAGCUACUACACCGCGGGGCCGCAUCUCGCCGGUAAGAAUCUUAGCCAAGCGCUCUGGACGCAGGAACGCUGGCAGGAGUUCGGUGUCGCCGACACCAGCAUCGUGGCCUACGACAUCUACCUGAAUUAUCCCGUGGAUCAUGCCUUGCGGCUGCUCAAGCAGAGGGGCGACGGCGAGAAAGCUGAGGUCCAGUAUGAGGCGACCCUGGAGGAGGACGUCCUGGAAGAGGAUCACACCAGCGGGCUGCCGGAUCGCGUGCCUACGUUCCACGGCUACUCGGCCAGCGGCAAUGUGACGGCGCCGUUUGUCUACGUCAAUUUCGGCAGCGUGAAGGAUUUCCAGGACCUGGUUGAUGCGAAUGUCAGUCUGGCGGGCAAGAUCGCGAUCGCCAAGUACGGUGGCAUCUUCCGUGGGUUGAAGGUGAAGGCGGCGCAGGAGCAUGGCAUGGUCGGAGUGGUGCUGUACGAUGAUCCACAGUCGGAUGGCGACAUCACCGAGGAAAAUGGCUACAAGCCGUACCCGGAGGGUCCUGCUCGGAACCCGAGUGCCGUACAGCGGGGAAGUGUCCAGUUCCUGAGUAUCGCUCCGGGUGAUCCUACCACGCCUGGUUACCCUUCGAAGCCGGGCAGUGAGCGCAAAGACCCCAGUCAUUCGACCCCCUCGAUUCCCUCCAUCCCUGUAUCGUACAAGGAGAUCCUUCCCUUCUUGAAGGCCCUGAAUGGCCAUGGUCCCAAGGCCGAGGACUUCAAUGAGUAUUGGCAGGGUGGGAAACUCGGCUACAAGGGCGUCAAGUAUAACAUCGGUCCUACACCGGAUGAUAUAGUCAUCAACCUCUACAACGAGCAAGAGUACACGACUACGCCGCUGUGGAACGUGAUUGGCGUCAUCAAGGGUUCCAUUCCGGAUGAGGCUGUCGUUGUGGGUAACCACCGAGACGCCUGGAUUGCCGGUGGAGCAGCCGACCCCAACAGCGGGUCCGCUGCCCUGAACGAGGUGAUUCGCAGCUUCGGAGAGGCGCUCAAGGCCGGAUGGAAGCCGCUUCGUACGAUUGUGUUUGCCAGCUGGGAUGGUGAGGAGUACGGUCUCCUGGGCUCGACCGAGUGGGUGGAGGAACAGCUUCCGUGGCUCUCCAAGGCCAACAUCGCGUACCUCAACCUUGAUGGCGCCGCGUCUGGCCCCAACUUCAAAACCUCGGCGAGUCCGCUGUUGAACAGCGCCAUCUACGAGGCCACAGGACUUGUGCAGUCCCCCAACCAGACCGUUGCUGGACAGACGGUCCGCGAUGUUUGGGAAGCCGUCGCGAACAAGUAUAUCGGGACUAUGGGAAGUGGUAGCGAUUUCACCGCUUUCCAGGACUAUGCCGGAGUCGCCAGUCUGGAUCUUGGCUUCACUAAUCGGGGCCAAGACGCCGUGUAUCACUACCAUUCCAACUACGACAGCUUCGACUGGAUGGACCGGUUUGGCGACCCGCAUUGGCUCUACCAUGAGGCCUGCGCCAAGGUCCUGGCCUUGAUCACGGCCAACCUAGUCGAGACUCCCGUGCUGUCCCUGAAUGCCACGGACUACGGCCUCGGUCUGGCUGCGUACCUGGACAAGAUCCGGCCGGACGCGAAGCAGCUGCCUGACGGCGCCUCCUUCGACUUUGGCCCCUUGGACAAGACCAUCGCCGAGUUCCAGGAAGUAGCCGUGCGGUUCGACGCGUACGCGGCGGACCUGGCCUCGCAGUUAGGCGAGGAUGUCCCAUGGUACCAUUGGUGGAAGAAGGUGAAGCUCUAUUUCCAGAUCCGGCUGGUCAACGAUAAAUACAAGUUCCUCGAGCGAGCGUUCUUGUACGCCCCUGGUCUGGACGGGCGCAGCUGGUUCAAGCACGUCGUGUUCGCGCCCGGCGUUUGGACCGGCUACGCAGGAGCGACCUACCCUGGGUUGGUCGAGAGCUUUGACGCGGGCGAUGUGUCCAAUGCACAGGUGAGUUUUCGUCCUUUGUGGAGAUAUCGUGAUUCUUCCCAAGUCAAGAUGCUAACUACUCAUCAGAAAUGGCGCGCGAUCAUUGUGGAGCGCUUGGAGACUGCUACCAAGCUGCUGCAUUAAGUAUACGAGAGAAACAGUUUUUGAAUAAGACCGGCGUAGCAGAAACACCCCCUGCAGCAGGCUUGACGCCGGCCGGUAAAUGGAGGUAUAUAGAUUGCACAAAAUAGGCGGAUUUAGCUUAGCAGAUGAUGAAUAUGAUGUUGCUUUUCCUUACUUUCUUUUU